AAUAACAAAAACCUAUCAAGAAAAGCAAAGCACCUCCUGUUCCUCCUCUUCAUUCUCUUCCCCUCCCCCCCUGGUUAUUGAUUUCAUCGUCUUUAACCUAAUUGGGGAGGGUAAAGCUUUCAUUUUUCCAACAAAAUAAGCAAAACCCACAUGAUCUUUAUCAAGAUCUAAUCAAUUUGCUUUGUGGGUCUUGAUCUUUUUCUCAUUUCAACAUGGAUAUUGACAACAUCGAAUGUGUUUCAACCUCUAAUGGAUUAGAUGAUGAAAUCCCAUAUCACCAUCAUAAUAUUAAUCAUCACCAUCAUAAUCAUAAUCACCCAAACAUUCCCCAAAAUCCGCAUCCGAAAAGUCAUAAUGUUAAUGUUGUUCCUUCAACUAUUAAUCCCACAACCAGUGUUCAUGAGCUUCUUGAAUGCCCUGUUUGUACCAACUCAAUGUACCCUCCAAUUCAUCAGUGUCACAACGGGCACACGAUUUGUUCCACUUGUAAGACACGGGUCCACAACAGGUGCCCAACGUGCCGUCAAGAACUUGGGGACAUAAGGUGCCUUGCUUUGGAAAAAGUUGCCGAAUCACUCGAGUUUCCUUGCAAAUAUACCUCUCUUGGGUGCACUGGGAUCUUCCCGUACUAUAGCAAGCUGAAACAUGAGGCCAUCUGCAAUUUUAGGCCGUACAUUUGUCCAUAUGCUGGAUCAGAAUGCUCGGUUGAAGGGGAUAUCCCGUAUCUAGUUUCCCACUUGAGGGAUGAUCACAAAGUGGAUAUGCACUCUGGGUACACUUUCAAUCACCGUUAUGUCAAGUCCAAUCCACGCGAAGUUGAAAAUGCCACGUGGAUGCUUACGGUCUUCAACUGCUACGGGCAGUAUUUUUGUCUCCACUUCGAGGCGUUCCAGCUUAGCAUGGCUCCCGUAUACAUGGCAUUUCUCCGGUUCAUGGGUGACGAAAACGAUGCCCGUAACUACCGUUACAGUUUGGAGGUUGGUGGGAAUGGCAGAAAACUCAUAUGGGAGGGCACCCCUCGGAGCAUACGAGACGGGCACAGAAAAGUUCGCGACAGCCAUGACGGGCUCAUAAUACAGAGGAAUAUGGCUCUCUUUUUCUCUGGCGGAGAAAAAAAAGAACUCAAGUUACGUGUCACGGGUCGGAUAUGGAAAGAACCGCCUAACGCUGAUGGUAGUAAUGUUUACAUUCCGAACCUGUGUAGUUAAAUUGCUCGUUUUGUUUCGUGGGUGUCGUCUUUGUAUGUGUAAUAUUGUCGGACCCAUGGAUGAUGUAUGCCAAAGGAAACGGUGAAUGGAGGUGUAUUUUUUUUCGAAUUUGUGUGGGGAAUUUUUAUGGCAAUGAGAUUGUUAGUGCAAGUAAUCUUUAUGGCAAAGCAUAUGGGAUAGAACUGCUAUAUGAACUUGUGAAAGUUUAUGAUAAUGUAGCAUUUUGCCUUA